UCUUGUUUAGCAUUGCAGUGAGCAGUCAUCAACAACUUCAACACCAUGGCUGAAUCGUUUUUGUUUAGCAUCGCAGACAACGUUGUGGGGAAGAUCGGCUCUGUCACUCUCCAAGAAAUUGGCCUAGCAUGGGGCGUCAAGACUGAACUGCAAAAGCUGGAAGCCACCUUAACCGCUAUCAAAUCCGUCCUCCUGGAUGCUGAGGAGAAGCAGUGGAAGGAUCGACAGCUACGUGAUUGGUUGGGAAAGCUCAAACAUGUGUGCUAUGAUGUGGAAGAUGUGCUCGAUGAAUUUCGGUACCAAGCUUUGCAGCGCCAAGUGGUGAGUCAUGGCAGCCUUAAAACAAAGGUACUUGGCUUCUUUUCAUCUUCAAAUCCGCUUCCAUUUAGCUUUAAAAUGGGCCAUAGAAUCAAGGAGGUGAGGGAGAGGUUGGAUGGCAUUGCAGCAGAUAGGGCUCAAUUCAAUCUACAGACUUGUAUGGAGAGGGCUCCUAUGGUGUACAGGGAGACCACCCACUCAUUUGUGCUUGCUUCCGAUGUUAUCGGAAGAGAUAAGGAUAAAGAAAAAGUUUUAGAGCUUUUGAUGAAUUCAAGUGAUGAUGAUGAGCGUAUUUCAGUCAUUCCCAUAGUUGGUCUUGGAGGUCUUGGAAAGACUACUCUUGCUAAACUAGUGUAUAAUGAUCCGUGGGUAGUUGGGCAUUUUAAGAAAAGAAUAUGGGUUUGUGUCUCCAAUGACUUUGAUAUGAAAAAGGUGAUUAUAGAUAUUAUUAAAUCAAUCAAAACUACUGUGGAAGGGGGGAGUGGUCUUGGUUUGCCAAACCACAAUGAUUUGAAUAUGGAGCAAGCACAAACUCUUCUUCGUAGGACUUUAGGAAAUGAAAAUUUUUUUCUUGUCUUGGAUGAUAUGUGGAAUGAGGACCGCCAAAAAUGGAUUGAACUCAGAACUUUUUUAAUGAAUGGUGCAAAGGGCAAUAAAAUUGUUGUAACAACGCGGUGUCAUCCAGUGGCUUCGAUCAUGGGCACUGUUCCAGCAUAUAUUUUAGAGGGUCUUCCCCAUGUCGAUUGUCUGUCUGUGUUUCUAAAAUGGGCAUUUAAUGAAGGGCAAGAGAAACAACAUCCAAACCUUGUAAAAAUUGGGGACGACAUUGUAAAGAAGUGUAAUGGAGUUCCUUUGGCGGCAAGGACUUUGGGGAGCCUACUUUUCUCAAAAUUUGAGCAAAGGGAUUGGUUAGAUGUGAGAGAUAAUGACAUAUGGAAAUUAGAACAAAAGGAAGGUGAUAUUUUACCUGCUUUAAGGUUGAGUUAUGAACAAUUGCCCUCUUACUUAAAAUGUUGCUUUGCAUACUGCUCAAUUUUUCCCAAGGAUCGUGUGCUUACUAAUGAACAAUUGGUUGACAUGUGGAGCGCACAAGGGCUUAUUGAAUCAUCCAAAAAGAAGCAAGAGUUGGACGACAUCGGAAACAAAUAUAUUAAAGAAAUGUUAUCGAGAUCAUUCUUUCAAGACUUUGAAGAUCGUCAUUAUUAUUUUACAUUUAAAAUGCAUGAUCUGAUGCAUGAUCUUGCAUCAUUCAUAUCACAAACUGAGUGCACUGUCAUAGAUUGUGUAAGCCAAACUGUCUCUAGAAUGGUUCGCCAUGUGUCAUUUAGUUAUGAUUUGGAUGAGAAAGAAAUCUUAAGUGUUGUUGGUGAGCUAAACGACAUUCGUACAAUUUAUUUCCCCUUUGUGUUGGAGACAUCACGUGGUGAACCAUUUCUUAAAGCUUGCAUCUCAAAGUUCAAAUGCAUUAAGACGCUAGAUUUAUCGGGUUCGAACUUUGACACAUUGCCAAAUUCUAUCAGUAAUCUAAAGCAUCUCAGACUUCUCAACCUCAUGUGGAAUAAGAAGAUAAAGAAACUUCCAAAUUCAGUAUGCAAGUUGUUUCAUCUGCAAACAUUGUUGCUUCAAGGAUGUGAGGGAUUCGAGAAUCUGCCCAAGGAGUUUGGGAACCUCAUCAGUUUGAGGCAAUUAGGGAUCACCAUGAAACAAAGGGUUUUGACAGGGAUAGGACGCCUGGAAUCUCUUCGUAUUUUAAGGAUUUUCAAAUGUGAAAAUCUAGAAUUUCUGCUUCAAGGGACGCAAAGCCUCACUGCCCUUCGGUUAUUGGUUAUUGUCUGUUGUAGGAGUUUGGAGACUUUGGCACCUAGCAUGAAACAACUACCCUCGUUAGAGCGUCUCGUGAUUUUUGAUUGCGAAAGGCUUAAUUCACUGGAUGGAAAUGGGGAAGACCACGUUCGAGGGCUCAGGAAUCUACGAGUUUUGUUGCUUGGAAAAUUACCAAAGUUGGAGGCAUUGCCAGAGUGGAUGCGCAACCUCACAUCCCUUGACAGACUUGUGAUUGAAGAAUGCCCUCAAUUGUCUAAAAGAUGCAAGAAAACGACAGGGGAGGAUUGGCAUAAAAUCUCUCAUGUCUCAAAGAUAUAUAUUGAUGGCAUCAAAACACCAGAAAAUUAAGCAAGGAGAUCCACUCAGAGUGAUGAUGAAGCCUAACAUGGAUUUGAGCAAGACACAUUCUUUUUUCCUUUUUUUCUUUUUGCCUUUCAAGUAAAAGCAGUUCAUUCAUUUAUGUAAUUUCAUCAAUUGGGGGAGUGUUAUUGAACAGAAGUCUGGAAUCUAUUUAUUUUCCGUAAAUAUAAAGGCUAAGCCACUUCUCUUCAAUAUUUUACUUGGUAUCAGUUUGUUUUGAAUUGAUGGAAGUGGACUUGAUUAGCCCAAAGAAAUGAAGUGAUUGAUUUUUUA